CUCUCGCCGUUCUUUGCGCCUGCGUUUACUCAUAGAUCUACAGGUUACUGGACUGUACUACUCUAACCGGAUGCUGCGUUCGCUUCGACACAACACUGAUGACGUAGGGGGCUCGAGAGCUGAAGUCCCGCCCUUCCGAUAUCCGUAUAUGGUUGUGCGCACAGAUGCCUAGUUCACCUAGCAGAAAUCGCUGCCGCACUGGCUGCGCACGUUCCUUUACGGUUGCAACGACGUCGUUCAUGCGUUGAAAUUAAGAAACAGGUUCUAAGUCGCGAGUGCGUUGAUGGAAUGCAGUUGGUUUAUAGAUAGUCAUCUCUCGCGUGCCCGACGUCUAAGGACGACCGAUAGAGGCAGUACGGCAGUUGUUGCUAUAACGUCUGUGACCCAAGCAUCUACGCGUAUUUUACUCCAGUUUUCUCUCCUAUUUCGCACAUCGGGUGCAGACGAUAGACAUGAUGCGUGUUGCUGCUGUUGUUGUGUUCGUGUCCAGUGUGGUCAGCUUGGUGUGUGCCGCCCCGGUUGACCGCACUGUGGAGGGAACCGAUGUCGAUGGACAUGAGUCGACGUUAAGUCACAUAGGUGAACUGUCUGCACCAUCUUCACCGCGCGUUGGAACCAUGUAUGAUGCGACGGGGUACCUGCUGCAGUUUGGCUAUUUAAAGGCGCCCAGACCGGACGGGCGCAUUCCGUGGAGAAGAAGUGCUGAAAGAUGGAAUCAAAGCUUUCCAGAGGAUGGCUGGAAAUUAAUCAAACAGGAACGCUAGAUGAUGAGACAUUGGUGUGGAUGAACUAUCCACGAUGUGGUGUAGCUGACGUGUCCGGUACUAGCGACCCGAACGUAGCAAGGAAGAAGCGAUACGCCCUGCAAGGUAGUAAAUGGUCUGGCCACGAGAUCUCAUACUAUGUUACAAAGUACACACUCGAUUUAACAACCGAAAAAGUCGAUCGAGAAAUGGCAAAAGCAUUUAAGGUGUGGGCGGACAUCACCCCACUCUCAUUCGUCACAUCUCGCGUUAAACCAGACAUCGAAAUUCGGUUUGAAAGCUGGAAUCAUAAAGAUGGCGAGGCGUUCGAUGGUCCGGGCAGAACGUUGGCACACGCAUUUUUUCCAAAAUACGGCGGCGACAUGCACUUUGAUGAUGAUGAGACAUGGACCGUUGAGUCAUAUAGAGGCACGAAUCUGUUCCAAGUAGCGUCGCACGAGCUCGCCACUCGUUGGGACUGUCGCAUUCUGAUGAAAGGAACGAACGCCACAUGCUCCGUUCUAUCGUGGCUACGAGGAAACAACUACACUCACAGAGACGACGUGGAGGCUAUACAGAUACUUUACGGUACAGCAUCUAGUCGUUCAGGUGCGGAUAAAGACAAGAAAAAGUCAUCAGCUGCCCCAUCAGCAACGACUAGUUCUCCACACCCAACGUUGACGCCUGGAAAGCCCGAUAUCUGUCUCUCACCACGCAUUGAUGCCAUCACAACGACGCUGGAUGAUAGCACAUAUGUAUUCAAAGGUGAUUGGUACUGGAAGUUAAAUGAUGACAGCUUUGAACCCGGCUAUCCAAAGCGUAUCGCUGAUGACUGGGAUGGUCUACCGGGAGACUUGGAUGCAGCACUUACCUCCAAGAAUUUCGAUUCUAAGACGUUCUUCUUCAAGGGAAAUAAAUAUUGGAAGUUUGUGAAUCAAGAAAUGAUGCCCGGAUACCCGAAGAUCAUCUCUGUUGGGUUUCCUGGAAUUCCUGCUGACAUAUCAGCUGCAUUUGCCUGGGGUGGUAACGGAAAGGCCUACUUUAUCAAAGAUGACCAAUACUACAGAUACAGCCACAACAGCUUAGACGCAGGCUAUCCAAAGCACAUGUCCGUAUGGGUUGGACUACCGACAAGAAUAGAUGCGACAUUCGUAUGGAAAAAUGGGAAGAGUUACUUCUUCAGAGGAUCUCAAUACUAUAAGUUCAACGAUGGCGAAUUUGAGGUGGAAGAUGGCUACCCGAGAUCCACUGGUAAGUGGUGGUUCGGUUGCUCCUCCGAGGACCUGCAGGACACGUCGCCAUCAGCGGACACUAAUCACAACACAUGGGAGAAUGUCACCGUGCCCCUGAACGGACACGCCCGCUCGGACAGUCCCGGAAAAAGAGACGGCGCCGACACGGAUGCGAAUCGCAACGCUGCGACGUCGCUUACUUGCCCAGGAGUGAUAUCACUCGCUGCUCUAGCUGCAUAUCAGCUGUUGGCGAUGCUAUGAUACUGUUCGAUAUCGCGAGCAUCGGUGUAGAUGUCAUCACGGAGAAAUUAAAGGUGCGUGCGUGUGGGUAAAUCUAGAGGAUUUAGAGUGCAGGAACCUAGAGGCAGAGAUCUCAAGACGUUGUCUGGAAGAUGAUCUAUUGUAUUGAGCACCGGAUAGAAUCUUUAAGCUACAAAAUUGUGCUGAUGUGCCAAUUUACAGAUAUGGCAGCAGAUAUCAAGAGAAAUAUAGAUAUACAUGAGAAGAUGAUGGCACAUCAUUUCGAGGUGAAGAUCGGUCGAAUAAUGUUUUUGAGGCUGGAUGAUUACCAGAAUAGCUGGAUAAGUUUAUGGUACAUGAAAAAGAUGAGGUGGAGGGUAA